AUGUAUUAUUUUAAAUUAACAAUUUUUGCUACAAUUCUAUUAAUUUCACUUCAUUUUUCAAAAGGAUUUCAAUUAAAAGAUUAUAAAGCAAGAAAUUUAGUAUUUAGUAAUGAAAAAUUAAUGAGAUUUAGAAGAGAUGAUGAAACUACAGAACCUGCUUCAACUACACAAACCGCAAUUAAUGGUGUUCCUUAUUCAAAUGGUUCAUCUGAAAGUGUUACAACCGCACAAAGCUCAACUGAAACUGCUACACCCGCAAGUAUCACAACUGAUAAUACUACUGUACCUGAAGGAACCACAACAUCACAAAACGCAACACAAGUAAUAGUAACUACUACUACAAGAGCUCCUAGUAUUCUUGAGGCAGCUGUUGGUAGUGUUUUUAGUUUUUUAAGCAGUUUAUUUGGAUAA